CCGAGGAAGAAGAACAAAGCAUAGAAGCAACAGAGAGAUAUGAAGGCCUCCUCCGCAACCGGUACUCUCUGCUCAUGGCUCCUUCUUCUUCUGCUCACUCAUCUCUGCCUGUGGAUGAGAGUGCAGGCGAGAGAAGUGCCGAGCUUUCGAUUCAAGGCGGUGAACUUAGGAGGCUGGCUCGUCACUGAGAGAUGGAUCAAGCCUUCACUCUUUGAUGGCAUUCCCAACAAGGAUCUGCUGGAUGGGACCCAAGUUCAGUUCAGGUCGACUGCAUGGGGGAAGUAUCUGUGUGCGGAAAAAGGCGGUGAUUCCAUCAUCGUGGCCAACAGAAGCAGCCCCUCAGGGUGGGAAACUUUCAAGCUUUGGAGAGUUACAGAGGAUCAGUUCCAGUUCCGAGUCUUCAAUAGCCAAUUCGUUGGGCUCAACGUUGGAGGGGGACCCAGCAGCUCCGUCUUAGCGGUUGCAACGGCACCGGGCGUGUCCGAGACGUUCCAAAUUAUCAGGAAGGCUGAUGAUCCGAACAGGGUUCAUAUCAAAGCCCCUAACGGGAUGUUUCUGCAGGCAAAAUCAGAAGAUGUGGUGACGGCAGACUUCAGUGGAGAGCCCGGGUGGGAAGACAGUAGCAAAGCAGUAUUUGUGAUGAAUGCCUUUGGAGGGUUUGGAGGGGAGUUCCAAGUAACAAACGGAUAUGGACCACAAGCUACCCAAGUUAUGCAUGACCAUUGGAACACAUUUAUAGUUGAAGAUGACUUCAGCUUCGUUGCAAAAAAUGGCUUGAACGCAGUGAGAAUUCCAGUUGGGUGGUGGACUGCCGUGAACCCCACACCUGCGCCUUUUGUUGACGGAUCCUUGGACAUACUGGACAAGGCGUUUUCUUGGGCAGAGAAGUAUGGUCUCAAGGUCAUAGUGGAUCUCCAUGCUCCACCUUAUUCUCAAAAUGGAUGGGAACACAGUGCGACAAGAGAUGGCACCAUUGAAUUUGGAUCAACUCAAGAAACCAUUGACAAAACCGUUGGCAUUAUAGAAUUUUUCGCCUCAAGGUAUGCGAACUCACCAAGCCUAGCAGCGGUGGAGCUUAUCAACGAGCCCAGAGCUCCUGAGGUGUCUCUUGAUGCCCUUACCCAAUAUUACAAGGCCGGGUAUGAUGCGGUCAGGAGACAUUCCUCCACAGCCUACGUCAUCAUGUCCAACAGACUGGGCUCGCCCUCGUCACCAACUGAGCUCUUCCCCCUCGCCAAUGGACGCUCUGGAACCGUCAUUGAUGUCCACUACUACAACCUCUUCUCUAGUGACUUCAACAACUUGUCGGUGCAGCAGAACAUAGAUUUCAUCUACCAAACCAGAGCUUCUCAACUGAACACCGUAACCUCAGCCAACGGCCCCCUUUCUUUUGUGGGUGAAUGGGUGGCAGAGUGGCAAGUUCAGAAUGCAGCGAAAGAAGACUACCAGAAGUUUGCAAAGGCUCAGUUGGAUGUGUACGGGCGAGCCUCCUUUGGAUGGGCUUACUGGACCCUCAAGAACGUGAACCCGCAUUGGAGCCUCCGAUGGAUGAUAGAGAACGGCUACAUCACUCUCUAGUUGUAGCACAUUUGCUUUCUUUCUCUCCUGCAUUGUAUCCAAUGGGACUGCUAUUAUGUACCCAAGUCCUUGAAUAAACAUCCAAAUUUAUGGCAGAAGCUCAAAAAGAAAAACUCUACCAUA